AUGGCCUCUAAUCCCUUAGCGCAGGCCUUGCGACAGCUUAAUGCGGCUCCCGAGUUCAACCCUAGGUACGACAGGCCUAAUGAUUACGCGCCAUUGGAGCUGGGGGGCCUGUACUCUAGCCGUGAUAAAUGCAAGGAGGCCGUUUAUGCGUACGCUCUAGAGCAUCGGUUUGUCAUCGAUCCGGAAGUUCAAGUGCGGUUGGACACAUUAGAUCGGUGUUUCCACCGAUUCUACGUGCGUCCCUCUGCAGCACGGCACGCGUUAAAUUAUUGCCGCCCGGUUGUUGCGCUCGACGGUACACAUCUCAUUAGUGCGCAGAAGGCUGUGCUGCUCAUCGCCGUCACCAUUGACGGGAACCAGGAGAUUUUGUUACUUGCAUGGGCCUUGGUGGAGUCGGAGAACAAGGACGCGUGGACCUGGUUUCUGAAGCUGUUCCUUGAGGGGUUCCCGGAGUGGGCGCGUAGGGACGAUGCCUCCAUCAUCAGCGAUCGCGAUAAGGGGUUGGUGCCGGCAGCAAGGGAGGUGAUGCCAAGCCACAUCCCCCAUUAUUUCUGUGCCUGGCAUCUGGAGCAGAACCUUAAGCGGUUCGGCAAAGCGGCAACAGCGUUCUUCUGGCGGUUGGUGAAGUGUCGGUCUGAAACGAAAUGGGUUGCGCUUGUCGGGGCCGUACGACGAGAUUUUCCUGACAUGGCCGCAUAUCUGUUCGGGCCUGUCCGGCAGCAGCCACAGCCACAACCCCAGCCGGCUCCUCAGGUCCCCCCUCCUGGAGCCCGGGCAACAUUUGAUGGGGCCAGGGAUUUCGUGUUCGCGGAUGCUCGCGAAGGGAGGAGGGCACAGCGAGGGCAGGAGCGUGGUGUCAACGCGGGAAAUGGUGGCGUCGACACCGCGUCCCAACCCGAAGGGAGUGGGUUCCCGGAGGGCAACACGUCCGCGUACAACAGGCGUGGCGGCGGUCUGGCUGGCAGGGGGGGGAUGAACGCACCUGGAAGACGGGCCAGAGCGCACGAGGGUAUUGGAGUCCCUUCAGGGAUACCAGACGAAGGGGAUGGCGGAGCGGCUGCUUUUGGCAUCGGCCGUGGAGGGCGAGGACGAGCUUCAUCUGGACGUGGUCGCAGAGGGAGAGGCGGUGGCGUUGCAGGGGCGGGCCUUGGCAGGGGAGGUAGAGGAGUGCCCCCCGCGGCCGAUUGCGGAGGGCAGGGGGGUGGCGGAUCAGACUUCACGGGGGUUGGUGGUGGAGUACGGGAAGUGCCGCUCGGUGGGGCCGGCGGGAAGCAGGGGGAUGCCGGCGCGGGAUGGUCCGGCAUUGCAGGUGGAGGGAGGGGAGUCCCGCUUGGUGGGGCUCCUGGAGGGCAGGGGGGUGCAGGAGCAGGAUGGUCCGGCAUUGGAGGUGGAGGGAGGGGAGUCCCGCUUGGUGGGACUCCUGGAGGGCAGGGGGGUGCAGGAGCAGGAUGGUCCGGCAUUGGAGGUGGAGGGAGGGGAGUCCCGCUUGGUGGGGCUCCUGGAGGGCAGGGGGGUGCCGGAGCAGGAUGGUCCGGCAUUGGAGGUGGAGGGAGGGGAGUCCCGCUUGGUGGGCCUCCUGGAGGGCAGGGGGGUGCCGGAGCAGGAUGGUCCGGCAUUGGAGGUGGAGGGAGGGGAGUCCCGCUUGGUGGGCCUCCUGGAGGGCAGAUGGGGGCCAGAGCAGGAUGGUCAGGCAUUGGAGGUGUAGGGAGAGGAGUCCCGCUUGGUGAUGCUUCUGGAGGGCGAGAACGCGCCGGAGCAAGAUGGUCUGGCAUCGGGAGUGCGGAUGGGGGGGAGCCGUUGUUCGGCCCUGGAGCACGACAUAGUGUAUAUGCUGCGAGCGGUGAAUUGGUAGGGUCUUGGCCCAGUCCUCACACUGCAGGACCCAGGCGACACCAAAGCGGGCCACGCGGUGAUGUUACGUUUGGGGUUGGCCUGGGCGCGAAUUUCAUGGGUGGGGUGGGGUCCGUUGGAAGGGGGGGCUCACCAGUGCCCUCUGGGGGCGACGUGCAGCGAGCUCCAGCAUCUGUGCGUGAUAAUGGUUUGGCAUCAUGCUCCACGGGUGAUGGGAUAGGCGCUCUCACCACUGUGGGGAACCCGGGUGCACGAGCAUUUGACGUCAACACGGUCCUGCGACGUGCCCGGGAGUGGUACCGGGCAGAGGACAUUGACACGGGGAGGACCACGGGCACUCAGGGAUCAGAGAUGGGUGGGUUUACUGAGCACUUCCACCCAGCAUCGGCUCUGGCUUUGCCAUGGCCAGACUGCGGGCAGCGGGAGAACAUUCCUGCGCAAGGGCCGGACGAGCCAGCAAGUGAGGAUGAUCCGGUGCCAGUGGAUGCUAGGGAGGAUGGGGAUGAGGCGGCCGAUGAUGAGGGAGAACCCGGAAUACAUGUCCGAACCGGGUUCUAUCGUAAUAGGCGCGGAUCAUCUUAUCGCAUUGGGGGAAUCAUGCUGCUGCACUGGGCCCGUCUUUUUGCGGUGACACUGCGUUUUGGCAUCUACACAAGCAACGCCGCCGAGUCCAUCAACAGCGCUGUCCGCGGCAUCCGAAUGCUGCCACCAACAUGGCUGCUGGCAUCACUUUGGGAUUGGUCUCGCGACAAGUGGUACGAGAGGAAGGAGAAGGCGCGCUGCAGGGAUGAGUAUCUCACGGCUGCCGCAUCGAAACGACUGGACCAAAAGAAGCAGAGGUGCCAGGGGUAUUGGUUCAUCGGUGGGGACAACUCUGUUGGAACCAUCCAGACCAGGGGGGGGGAAAACGAGUUCCAGUGGCGUAGCUUCAACGUGAACCUCGAUGCCCGGACGUGCGAGUGCGGGAACUGGGAGGAGUACCAGUUCCCUUGUGCCCACGCCGUGGCAAUGUGCAUAUUGAAGCAGCGGAGUGUGGAGAUCCUUGUGUCUGAGUACUACACCACUCGCAAUCUUCGCCAGACAUACAACCGGGAUGUGAUGGGUACCUGUGUGGACCGGCUGAUUAUGGAGGCUCCACUGGCAGAAGUGGGCGAGUGCGAUGCACCAGCGCUGAUUGAGACGAGGGUUGGGAGGCCAGAGAAUCACACCCGGUUCGAGGCACCGCCGCACGCUUAUCGGUGUGGGCGAUGCCGACAGUAUGGGCACAACCGCAAAAGGUGCAAGUACAAGUACGGUGGGUACGGUCAGGCGCAGGCUGCGGUGGGGGAGGAGGUGGAGGAGGAGGAGGAGGAGGAGGAGGAGGAGGAGGGGGAGGAUGGAACUGCUACAGGAGAGCAUGGAGGGGGGGCACCAAGCUGCCCAUGA